UACUUUUUAAUAAAUAUCAAAAGUUACUGUACUGAAUGACUGAACCACAGAAAAGAGAAACUACAAAAAAACUUUUCUCUAAACCUUGUUCAUAUUAUUGUACUUAUUUUAUUGCCCAUUCAAAUAUUUACCGCGCCAGCAAAAACGAGCUUUAUGAUAGAAGACGAUCGACUUCUAGAAGGCAUUGCAUUUCUCAGUUCAGCUCCAGCUGCUUUUGAUUCAGAUUUCAGACCAGAUGAUUUUGUAUUCAAGUUCCAGAUUUGUUGCUUGUCUGUCGUCUGUAAUUUAUUAAACUUCAAUUCUGUUUAAAAAUUCUUUCUGAUUUCAUGUAAUGGAUAGAAUCAAAUUACUGGAGGAAAAUCUCAGAGAAGCUGCUUGUAUUGGCGAUAUCGACACUGUUGAAGAAUUGCUUUCAAAAGGAAUCGAACCAAAUGCAAAGCAUGACAUCAAUGGAUGGACUGCUCUACACUGGGCAGCCAAAAGAGGGCAUAAAGACAUAGUGGCUCUACUUUUGGAACAUGGCGCUGACAUGGAUAUCCUCACUGAAAAAGGAGAGUGUCCUCUUUCUCUUGCUACUCGUCCUGAGGUCCGCCAACUGUUUGGGCGCCGAUCAGUCUUCAAUGAACGUUUCGCAGCAAGAAGCCAGCAGCUCCAGUCUGCCAAUCACGCCGAGCUAUUUGAAAAACCCGCCGCUGCUUUCAAAAGCAAAUGGCCGCCGUCGACAUCAUGGCGGCAGCGCGCCGGUUGCCAUGGAAACGGCGCAGCAGAACCAGAUCACGCAUGCGCAGCAUUCGGCGGUUGCCAAUGGAUCUAGUGACGAACUGGUACUGAAGGUGCGGGUGGCCAACAGUGGUGACCCAGACUUCAUGGAGGUGGAACUCCCACAGAACGAGCUCACCUACUACACACUGCUCAGGGUCUGCUGUGAGGAACUCGGCAUUACCACGUCACAGGUGAUCCGUAUCCGUAAACUGCCAGACACGAUGAUCAGGAAAGAUAAAGACGUGCAGCGAUUGGCCAAUUUCCAGGAGAUCGAAUUGGUUGUAGCAGGUCAGCACGGAUUGGCCAAGGCGGGACCCAAUGGCAUCAUUUUCCCCUCAGGACCCACGGCCAACGGCUAUCAGUCCAUUCAUCUCUACAAGAAUCAGACCAUUUUGUACUAGGCAUGGUUAGUUUUGUAAUGAGAAUGUUUCAUUUUGUACUGAAAAUGGUUACUUUGUACUUGAAUAGCGUUGAAGUCGUUGGGUAUGAGUUUUGAAGAUUUUGAUACGUGUGUCAAAGUUGAGGAUACGUGUAUCAAGUCGUGAGAUACGUGUGUCAAAAUUGAGGAUACGUGUAUCAGAUUGAGAUAAGUCUGUUAAAUUUGAGGAUAUCAUUGUUUAUUCUAAGCUGUAUACAGAUCAAAUAUAUAGAGAAAAUAUAGCAUAAGAAGAGAUUCCAUGAUAUAGGUAGUUUGUUCCAAAUUUCAAGCCGAUUACUGUCGACUACUGUCAUAGCCACCUAUAAUACAAGGCCGCGGCCUACGAUAUUGCAACGUCGCUGUGUAGGCCUAGAAUCUAAUACAUGAUUG